UGUUACUCAUGCGAAUUCAUCCCAGCCCUGUCGCCUCAAGGCCUCAGGCUUUCACCCGGCCUGCGGUCACGGUUAUUGUCUAUAUAAAGGAUCGGAUUGCCUUUCUGAUUGUCCGUGACUUUCUCGCUCUCAUUGCAUGUCAUGACCCGUCAUCCCAUUCACAGCACGCAUCCGAGUCCUCAAAGCCCUCCAUGCCUCACUUGUCGCGUCCUCUUAGUCCUGGACGUGCAAGUUUGUAUGCUCAGCAGCCCAAAAAAAGGCGGCGUCCCCUCUUCUGAGACUGUUUAUCGGAACAUUGAACACAUUCUUAACCGUGCUCGCUCUGCAAAGCAACCACCUCGCAUCAUUCAUAUCCGCAACUCCGGAGAGUCAGGUGAUCCAGACGCACCGAACUCCCCCGGCUGGCAGCUCGUUUUUCCACCACUUGAGCACGAGUUCGUUAUCGACAAGUUGAAAAACAAUGCAUUUGCCGGAACAAAACUCGCUGAACUUAUUCCACGUGACGCUGAACUCAUAGUUAUCGGCAUGCAAAGCGAUUACUGCGUGCGUGCUACUUGUAGCGCAGCCUUGGCUAGAGGGAACACCGUCAUCUUGAUCAAAGAAGCACACGCAACCUACGAUCGCAUUGAAGUGUGGAAUGGUGGUAUGGUCACAGCCGCCCACGAUGUGGAGUCGGAAAUAGAGGUGGAGUUGGAGGAAGCUGGGGUCAACCUACUGUGUAUGUCGGAUGUGCCGCACUUGUUCAGCGACCGGUGACACGCAUUUGCGAGAGUGAUCGCGAAGAGCUUACGUCCAACUCAUUCCUUUCUGGCCGUCAUGCUAUUUGCGAUCUUUACUCCGUUGGAUAUUGGUUUCCGUUUAGAAGUCUCAUGGCUGAUAUGAUGGUUUGGAUGAUGAUCUUGUAGUGGGCAUGUUGGUCAUAAGUUUGAUACCGAUAUUACAUUGUCACUUAGAAAAGUUUAUGAUAACUAGAUGUCACGUGAGAAUGAUAACCACCUGCCCUUGAUUGUCAACCAGUGACAGCCACCGCAGCG